AUGUUACUUUUUGCACUCGAAUCUUACACUUUUCAUUCCCAACCAACAGGCGGAGGACUAUUCAAGCUCAACGGGUUCUACGUCGACACAACACAGAAGUGCUACAAGUCAAUACCGAUCACUCUCUUGGUAAACUUCGGAGAAUCUGCGCUGCGAAUGGAAUACGUUUUCGGAUCCCUUCGAGUUCGAAUGAUGAAAAAAGAGCCCUUCCCAAUCAAAUUGAUAAAAGGACCGAUGAUCAACCGACAUAACCUCAACGAACCUCCAGCUUACUUCUUUGAAUUCUGCGAUUCUGAUUAA